CAAGUAGUAGCGCGGUUGCGCUUUAUUUACCGGGAUGACAUAAGCGCCCAGGUCCGAACGGCGCCGGAAAAACUCGCGCAGACCAGGGACUGAACCACCUCGCCCUGCCCCAUCCCGGAGAUUCAACUGCCAUUGACGGUCGACUUCUGUUGAACGGUCCUUCAGAUAUCCCGCUCCUUAUUUUAUUGCCUUCAUACCGUGUUCCGGCAACUUUGCAGAAAUGGCUAGCACUCAGGGUGUCAACGUCUUCCGUUACUCGGCUCUUGUUGCCGGUCUCAUCUACGGUGUUUACCACCAGUCAUCGCUUACCCAGGCUGCCAAGCGCACAGAGAUCGAGCACGAGUACGCCCGCAAGGAGCGCCUGAUCGAGCAGGCCAAGGCCGAGUGGAAGAAGAAGACCCAGCCCAAGCAGGAUACCCCUACGCAAUCCAGUGGAUUGAUCACCGAUUUCGAGGACCCCAAGUUCGAUCUGGAGGCAUUUUUGCUGGCCAAGGCCAAGGAGAACCCUUGAAUAUGUUACGAGACAGUAUAGAGGAGGAAUGGAUACGCAUCUCUUUGCGGAACUCGCACCUCCCCCCAGGGUAUUGUUAGAUGUGAUUGCUCGGGUCCAUUUAUUGUACGAUUGUUUGGGUGUAAUUUGCCCUCGAGUUGCAACAUUGCGAGCGAAAGAUGCAAUGAUUUCUUUUUGAUUGUUUUCUUUUACUCAUCGUUUUAGACGUUAUCAUUUGGGUCCUGUACAUACCCUGGGCUGCCGUGCGACUGUACACUACAGUUGAAC